AUGUCUACCCAUUCGACUUUUCCCGGCUCGGAGCUGAAGCCCCUGUGCGCCCGCAUCCUUGCGUCCGCCGCGGUCCUGUCGGGCCUGUGGACCAAGUGCCCCGCGGCCUUCUCCGGUUCCGGGCCCACGCUGGGCCUGAGGGCGCUGCUGCGGUGGUGCCGGCGGCUCAGGAGCGCAAAGCUCGUGCUGGAGCCCGUGUUCGUGGAGGAGGGCCGCGCCCUGCUGCUGCGCGAGGCCGCAGCGACGCUGCUGGGGCGGUUGCCCGACCCGGACCUGCGCCGUGAGCUGCUCGCGGGCAUCGCCCAGAUCUGGGGCCUCGCCCGGGGCGUCGCGGACACGCUCCUCGACGAGCGCCCCAGUGUCUCGGUGGCCGCGGGCGAGGUGGCCAUCGGCCACGUGGCCCUGCCGCGGCGUCCCCCGGAGGACGCCGCCGCGCCGGCGCCGGGGGCCCCGUUCGCGUACACCUCGGUGCACGCGCGCGUGCUGCAGGCCCUUGCGUCCAGCAUCCGCUGCGACGAGGCCGUGCUGCUUGUGGGCGACACUGGCACGGGGAAGACGUCCGUGGUCCAGCACAUCGGGCAGCUUCUGGGGAAGGAUCCGAAGAAGGGGUAA